GCCCGAGGUGACGAAGUCGAUGAUUCUGAGCACGCUUGACUCACCACCCGUCUCUUCUCGUCAUACAACGCACAAGACAAGACCUAGACGUCAGAUUCGUCCUCUGCUGAGCACUCGCCAGCACACAGCUUGAGCUCGCGAGCUUGUCACCUCCUCCCGGAUUUCUGGCCGCAAGGCCUCGACAAGCCCAGCCAUGUCGUGGAAAAAGUCGACUGAGCUCAUGGACACGAUCCGCCACUAUGCCAACUUCCCUGCCACUGGUGUGAGCUUACGGCAGAUGGUCCAAUUUGGAGAGAGGCCGUCAGUGGGAACUCUGUUCCGCGCAUCGCAAUUCCUCUCCGAAGAGCUGCCUAUAAGGCUGGCACAUCGCGUGCAGGAACUCCAAGAAUUGCCCGACGGCUUGGGCGACAUGCCCUCGAUCGGCCGAGUACGAGAUUGGUAUGCCCAAUCUUUCGAGGAAAUCACCACUUUGCCCAAGCCCACCCUCUCGUCCGAGAUCCGCGAUCGCCUCUUGAAACCACAGAAUGGCAAAAACUCGCGCAUCCUGAGCGAGGCCACAAAGAACCCCAGCAUAAACCAGGGCCAGUAUCGCUCUCAGCUUCACCACAACAACCACGACCAUGGCGAAAACAGAAAGAACGCCCUCAAACGCUAUUACAGUGCUGGCGACGACACCAAUGACUGGCCGCCAGAGCUAAAUGACUACAACACCCGCUUUUCAAAGACUCUCGAGAAGAUCAAGCGUCGUCACGAUAGCGUUGUGACCACCGUCGCCCAAGGCAUCCUCGAAUACAAGCGCAAGCGUCAGCGAAUGCAAAUAGACCACAACAUCCAGGCUUUCCUCGACCGCUUCUACAUGUCUCGUAUCGGUAUUCGCAUGCUUAUAGGCCAGCACAUUGCUCUGACCGAUCAACGAGCUCAUUCGGAUCCUACCUAUGUCGGCAUCAUCUGUACAAAGACAAACGUGCGCGAUCUGGCCCAAGAAGCCAUCGAGAACGCUCGCUUCGUCUGCGAGGAUCACUACGGCCUCUUCGAUGCUCCCAAAAUUCAACUCGUCUGCAACCCCGACCUCAACUUCAUGUACGUUCCGGGUCAUCUGUCGCAUAUGCUCUUCGAGACGCUCAAGAACUCCCUUCGUGCUGUCGUCGAAACACAUGGACAAGACAAGGAAGAGUUUCCCGUUACAAAGGUCGUUGUGGCCGAAGGAAAGGAAGACAUCACCAUCAAGAUCUCUGACGAGGGUGGCGGUAUUCCGAGAAGCUCCAUUCCCCUUGUAUGGACUUACAUGUAUACGACUGUCGAUCAAACGCCUCAACUCGACCCAGACUUCAACAAAAGCGACUUCAAGGCUCCAAUGGCAGGCUUUGGUUAUGGACUGCCCAUUUCCAGGUUGUACGCCAGGUACUUUGGCGGAGACCUGAAGCUGAUCAGUAUGGAGGGCUACGGCACCGAUGUCUACCUCCACUUGAAUCGCCUGUCCUCCUCGUCGGAACCGCUACAGUGACAACGACCAGUCAUGAGGGAUGAAUGGUUUCAGCCAGUCAUCGACAGACCGAUGGUUGACGAAGGCUCACCAUCAGAUUUCCCAUCCCAAGGAUUGACGCGCCAGCCACAGAGAGCCCCCUCAAAGAAGCCCUCUAUGCAAAACAUAAGUCUGGCCAUGGCAUCUCGCGCUAUGAAGUUGAAGCGUGUCGCGACUAGAGAAGUCAGUGAACGUCGACAAGUCGGAGACGCCGAAGAGAUGGUCAAUGGACCGCAAGACAACAACUCAUCACCCUGGUGGAGGAAUGUUAGUAUGGAAGAGGGCAUGUAAGAGCGAUUUGCUAUGCUACGCUCUUAUGGCAUGCAACGCCUGUGUGCACAUUAUGCUUUCAUUUUUCUCUUUUUGUUAUUACGACGCAUGGCACAGGCGUUCAGGGUGGAUUAUAUUGUACAGAUUGGAAAGGACAUAUGAUCCAGUCUUUCUCUACAAUGAAUUGUUGUAUUAUUUUGCACAUU